AUGGAGUUAUCAGGAUUGAAAAAGAAGAGUUUGCUAGGACUCAAAGAAAAUAAUAAAAAAUCCAACACUAGGGCUCCCUCACCAACCAAGCGCAAGGAUAGGUCUGAAGAGAAGUCAAAGGACCGGUCCAAGGAUAAAUCAGGCACUAAGGAAUCAGGUGAUAAGGAUCGUGGUCGAGACAAGACACGCAAAAGACGCAGUGCUUCCAGUGGGAGCAGCAGUACCAGAUCCCGUUCCAGCUCAACUUCCAGUUCAGGGUCCAGUUCCAGCACUGGCUCUAGCAGUGGCUCUAGCUCCUCUUCUGCCUCAAGCCGCUCUGGGAGCUCCAGCACCUCACGCAGUUCCAGUUCCAGCAGCUCCUCUGGAUCUCCGAGUCCCUCUCGACGGAGACAUGACAACAGGAGACGCUCCCGCUCCAAAUCUAAGCCACCCAAAAGAGAUGAAAAGGAGCGGAAGAGGCGGAGCCCAUCACCUAGACCUACAAAAGUGCAUGUUGGAAGGCUCACUAGAAAUGUGACCAAGGAUCACAUCAUGGAAAUUUUUUCCACUUACGGAAAGAUUAAAAUGAUUGACAUGCCAGUUGACAGGCUAAAUCCACACCUCUCUAAAGGUUAUGCUUAUGUGGAGUUUGAGAACCCAGAUGAUGCUGAGAAAGCCCUGAAACACAUGGAUGGAGGCCAGAUCGAUGGUCAGGAGAUCACUGCCACAGCUGUGCUGGCACCGCGACCUCGGCCACCUCCGAGACGCUUCAGCCCACCCAGGAGGAUGCUGCCACCACCACCGAUGUGGCGCAGGUCACCCCCUCGUAUGAGGAGAAGGUCCCGAUCUCCAAGGCGCAGAUCCCCUGUUCGCCGGCGAUCAAGAUCCAGAUCUCCCGGACGAAGGCGCCAUCGCAGCCGCUCCAGCUCAAACUCCUCACGAUAAAGCAAAAAGACUGGACAGCCUUUUAUUUUUUAACUUAAAUCCCAUCAGACUAAAUAUUGUACCUUUUUUUAUAUUGGGUCUGGGUGAGAAGGAGUGGGAGAGAGAAUCCUGGCAGUGAAGGCAACCUAAGAGGAGAGAGCAGCGGUUCCCAGCCAGGAGACAGCCUUUGCUGUGGGGCUUCUAGUUUCCUGGCAUGGAAUUGA